CUGCUUUAUUUUCUGUGUAUAUUUUAAAUUUUGUAUUCAUGAAUCUUUCAGAGGUUAACCAAACAGAUCAAUGCCUUGGGUUUGCCUGUCCAGAGAGAUCUGUAUCUACUGCAGUUUAUGUGUUUCUGUAUAUCUGUGCAGCUGCUGUAGUUCUGUUAACAGUGUUUGGAAAUCUGCUCAUUAUUAUCUCUGUUUGUCACUUUAAGCAGCUCCACACUCCAACUAACAUGCUCAUCCUCUCUCUGGCUGUAUCAGACUUUCUGGUUGGAGCUCUAGUGAUGCCGACUGCUUUAGCAUGGAUGAUUGAAUCAUGUUGGAUAUUUGAUACAUGUUACUGUUUGAUUUACAUAUUAACCUCUUAUUUUCUCACCACCACAUCUAUAUUUAAUGUUGCGCUUAUUUCAGCUGAUCGGUAUUUUGCUCUCUCUAAUCCAUUUCUCUACACUGAUACUGUCUCUGUGAGCACCAUGUGUAUUGUAGUGUUAUGUAACUGGGUUAUGUUGCUUUUUUACAAUAUAUCCUUGCAGUAUUUUAAUGGACAUUUCAAAAAUCUGGAUAUGUGUCCAGGAGUCUGCUUUUUGCUGUUGGAUGAGAUCUGGUCUUUGGUUGAUUUCCUUUUAACUUUUGUCUUUCCAUGUGCAGUUAUAAUAAUACUGUAUGGUUUAGUUUUUGUUCUUGUAAGGAAACAUGCCACCGCUAUCAGAGAUCUUAAAGUUCAUACUAGAGAUCAUACAUCAGCUAAUACAACAGACUCGAUGAAGUCAGAGAGAAAAGCUGCAAAAGUACUCGGCAUCUUAGUGUCAGUGUUUUUAGCUUGUUUGUUGCCGUACUUCAUGUAUACUGUUUUAGUAAAUGCUGUGGACAUCAAAGUAGGAUCAUUUCAGACAGUCUUGAUGUUGGUUUAUCUUAAUUCUGCCUUCAAUCCAGUUAUUUAUGCUUUGUUUUACCCUUGGUUUAGGAGAUGUGUUAAAAUAACAUUAACUUUACAAAUAUUCAAUACAGAUUCUGCACUGAUAAAUGUUCUUUGAUGAAUAAAAUAGAUUUAUCUACAAUAACGGGCACAGUAUGUCAAAUCUCUAGACACCUAAUGAAUGGGGGGAAAAAUCAACAUGAUUCCCUAAAUACCACAGC